AUGAAUACAGCAACAGUCCCUAAUCACUACACCCCUCAACCCCCCACCACAAAUGUUGUAGCUCCUCAUAAUAUGAACUCUCCCCGAACAGGGCGGGCAAUCAUAAACGAGACCGAUAAACGAGCCCAGCAACAACAGCAACAAAAACCAACGAUACGGGCGAAUGAAAUUGCUCAAAUACCUCCCUACAAACCCCAAAUACCAAGGCUCAUUGGAAAACGUUUUCUUGUCGGAGCAAAGCUAGGAAGUGGAAGUUUUGGAACAAUACACGCUGGAAAAAUCAUCAGCAAUAAUCAGGAAGUGGCCAUCAAGUUUGAGGAAGUAAAAUCUAAAUUUCCCCAACUCUUGGCAGAGUCCAAAAUUUACAAGAUUCUGUGGGGUCUGCCGAUUGCGAAUAGUAAAAAAACUCUUCUCUCAAUACCGGGACAGAAUGAACCCAACCAAGCGAUGGCCUUGUCAAAAAGUCAGGAUUCCAUCUCGCAUCUCACCCAACAUACUCAACACACAACACAAGAAAUAAUAGGAAUACCCAAAUUGUAUUGGUAUGGAGUCGAAGAAGACUUCAAUGUUAUGGUUAUUGAAUGUUUAGGGCCGUCGUUAGAGGAUUUAUUCAGUUUUUGUAGUCGUAGAUUUUCUCUUAAAACGGUUCUUAUUUUGGCAGAUCAAUUAAUAUCUAGGAUUCAGUUUUUACAUGAAAAGAAUUUCGUUCACAGAGAUGUUAAACCUGAGAAUUUCCUUAUGGGGAGAAAAGAAAAAGCUCAUCACGUGUAUAUGGUAGACUAUGGUUUAGCCAAAAAGUAUAUGAUUGAAGAAAAAGGAGAAGGCUUAAAACACAUACCCAUGAGAAAAAACAAAUCCUUGACAGGAACAGCCAGGUAUACAAGCACCAACUCUCACCUAGGAUAUGAACAAGGACGAAGAGACGACCUCGAAAGUAUAGGAUAUUUAUUUGUGUACUUCUUGAAUGGAAGCCUACCUUGGCAAGGUCUAAUGGCUAAUAACAGACAAAAGAAGUACGAAAAAAUUGCAGAAAAGAAGAUGAACAUUUCUGUGAAUCAACUCUGCGCAGGUUUACCUAUUGAAUUCACCCAAUAUUUCCUCUAUGUAAAGAAGUUAAAAUUUGACGAACGACCAGAUUAUGACUAUUUACGAACUAAAUUUGCAAAUCUCUUCAACAGAAUGGGAUACAAGAUGGAUUUUGAAAUGGAUUGGAUGAAAUUACGGAAAGAUUUGGCUCAACCUCAAUAUUAA